AUGAGCAGAGAACUCGGGAGGGAGGCGAUGCGCGCCGCGGCCAGCUGUCGGCCGUGUAAACAAGUCUCCACGUCGGCUCAACCAGGCUGUCUUCCCCGGCAACACAUCAAACGAGUCCACUCGUGCGCCCCAAAGCAGAUUGCGACUGGAAAUACAUGGAAUAAUUCUCGAUAUCGCGGCGCCGAUAAGUCAGUCUACGACAGGAACUUUGCCAAGGUGGCGCGGGCGUCCACGGCCACGGUCUACCAGCGAGACAGACCGCACGAGUCUGCGGCCGAGAAAGAAGCCGACUUCAACGAGGCUGAGGCCUCCAAACAUGUAGUAUCCAAAGGACGAAUCCUGACGACGCCGACGAGACUCCUGAAGCUUGUACUUCCCCUGCCAUUUGAUGCCAGGCAAGAGCACCUCAACAAACAGCCGUUGGAAAAGAUACAAGAGAACAAAACGUCGACGCCUCCUCUAGCGCUGCUCAUCCACCCACAUCAACCACUCUCCUAUCUCGAGCGACUGAUCCAGGCAGAGCUCCCCCCGCUCCAGUUGGGAAAGAAGGAAAAGACACCAGACGUGGACUUUUGGGCCGAGGUGGACAAGGAAGCCAUUCCCGAGCAGACGGGCGCCAAGGCUAGUAAUGUCGCCUCGUCUUCAGGUCUCGGACAUGAAGGCCCGAGCAACAAGAACAAGAGCUGGGUAAGAUGGAGUUCCAGCACCGAAGUUGGCGACUUUAUUCGCGAUGCAGCGCGCGGCAAAGAGUUUGCUGUCGAUAUUGAAGGCGUAUCAGAGAAGCUGCACGUGGCCGUCCCCAGCUUCAAAGAUCGCACCCAUUAUAUGCGCAUGCGGCUGCGCCGAAUGUGCGAACAAAUCGACGCCAUGUCACGACUCAAAAACGAGUGUGAUGAGAUUGCGCACAAGAGCGCCUACCGUCUCGCCAAAGGCGGUUUCGGUCUGCUGGCCUCAUGGUGGGCCACGGUCUAUUACGUCACAUUCCACACGGAGAUGGGAUGGGACCUUGUUGAGCCCAUUACCUAUUUGGCCGGGCUCACCACCAUCAUGGCUGGUUAUUUGUGGUUCCUAUUCAUCAGCCGAGACCUGAGCUACAAGGCGGCCAUGAAUGUGACCGUGUCGAAGCGGCAGAACGCUCUCUACUUGGAGCGAGGAUUCAACAUUGCAAAAUGGGAGCAGUUGGUCCAAGAGGCCAAUGCACUGCGACGCGAGCUCAGGGUGAUUGCGACCGAGUACGAUGUCGAAUGGGAAGAAAUGAAGGACUUGGGUGGCUGGGGGGUGAAGGAGGCGCUGGAGAAUGAAGACGAAAAGAAGAAAAAAGACCGUGAUGAAGACGACGACGACAACAAGAAGAGCCGCAAGCGAGACUCGAAACAGGAGCGUCCCAAGGAACAACAUUGA